CGUUGAGUGGAGACGUAACUUUUUUUCCUCUCUCUCUCCCUUCACAAAGGAAACCACCAUCAAACACAGAAACAGUCUGCAUGUCACACAGCGAACAGCUGUCAGUUAACAUGACUGCUCCAGGUGAUCACCAAACCCUCCUGCCAAGUGUGAUAACAAUGUUCAUCGAUUUAAAGUCCUCCAUGUCUGAGAAUCCAGAAAAUUCCACAUCCAUUGAAGAUUUGGAUUACUCAAUCCCCUCCCAAGAUUACUCUGACUUUCCUACACUUUGCGACAAAGAACAAAACCGAAUCUUUCGCCGCUGGUUUAUGCCAUUGUGCUACACCAUCAUCUGCUUGCUUGGGGUGGCCGGAAACCUGCUGGUCAUUGCCACUGUCUUCUACUUCAAGCGUCUCAAGAACAUGACGGAUGUCUACCUGCUGAACUUGUCCUUCGCUGACCUGCUCUUUUCCUUCUCGCUCCCCUUCUGGGCAGCCAACUCUAUGGCAGAUUGGGUGCUGGGGCUUUUUUUGUGCAAAGCAAUGCACACAGUCUACAAGGUCAGCUUCUACAGCAGCAUGUUCCUCCUCUCACUCAUCAGCAUUGAUCGCUACUUUGCCAUCGCCAAGGCCGUUUCCACCCAUGGCCUUCGCUCAAAGGCUGUCUUUCUGAGCAAGCUGUCCUCCACUGCAAGCUGGGUGAUAGCGGUGAUCUGCUCCUUUCCGGAAAUGGUGUACACCAACAUCAACAACAACACCUGCUCUCCAUUUUCCAACACCAGUGACCAUCUCCGAGUUGGUUUCCAGUCCAGUCAGAUUGUUUUGGGUUUCUUUGUUCCACUUCUGAUCAUGGGCUUCUGUUACAGCUGCAUCAUCCAGACGCUCUGCCAUGCUCGCAGCUUUGAACGGAACAAGGCCAUCAAGGUUAUUCUUACCAUUGUAGUUGUCUUCCUAGGCUCCCAGGUGCCUUACAACAUUGUCCUUUUCUGGACAACAAUUGUAUUAGGAGAAGGGGGGACAGAUAACUGCCGAUAUGACAAUAGCCUUCUCUUUGCUACCGACAUCACGCAGUAUGUGGCCUUUCUGAGGUGCUGCCUGAACCCUUUCGUCUAUGCCUUUAUCGGCAUAAAAUUUCGGCAUGACGUACUGAAGCUGCUGAAGGACUUUGGCUGCAUGAGCCAAGAGAGGUUCUACAGAUAUACCUCCAAUCGGAGGAGGAGCUCUGCAGGGCUUGACACAGAGACCACCAACUCUUUCGCUCCUAAAAGUUUCAACCCAUUAGCCAAAGAACUUACAAUGGACUAAUGCAAACAGUUCUAUCAAAUCCUACUAGCUUGCCGUGUACAUAGCAGAAAUUAUAUAAUUGCAUUUUGUGUGAGCUAUGCUGGCUGUUAUAAAUUUCAUUUGUAACUUUUCUGUUUUUUAAGUGAAUAAAUUGUUUUUUCACUGUU